AUGGAUGACUUUCUACGUAAUAGGCAGAGCUCCAAAUCAAGUUCUGGCAGUUCGCAAAGAAUAGUGGCAGCUGCUGCUGCUAAAGGGUCUGCUCAAGGAGUUAAAAUCAAAUACAAAACGAAUUCAGAAUUUUAUGCCAAGUCAAUAUUGUCCGGCGGUUUGGCUGGCGGCAUUGAAAUAUGCAUUACGAUGCCCACAGAGUACGUUAAAACGCAGCUGCAAUUAGAUAAAGGUUCAGGAAAAACACAAUACAACGGAAUUGUGGACUGUGUUAAGAAAACGGUACGCGAACAUGGAGUGAGAGGUCUUUACCGCGGCUUGGGCUCAAUGAUUUUGUUCUCGGUGCCAAAAUCGGCUGUUAGAUUUGGUGGAUAUGAUUUAGCUUCAAAAUAUGUCUCUGGAGGAACCGGAAAAGUGUCCAAAAUGCAAGCAUUGGGAUGUGGAUUAUUUGCCGGAGCUAUGGAAGCAGUUACUGUAGUUAUACCUCAAGAAACUAUCAAGGUCAAAAUGAUUCACGACAGAAACCAGACGAAUUCUAAAUAUAAAGGAACUUUUCAUGCAGUGAGAACUAUAGUGCAGCAAGAAGGAAUGAGGGGAAUUUACAAGGGAGUUAUACCCACGGUUCUGAAGCAGUCGACAAAUCAAGCAGUGCGCUUUUAUGUCAUGUAUUUACUGAACAACUAUUAUAAAGGCGGCAACGAUUCGAAAAAUAUUCCGUCUUAUUUGACCUUUGUAUUUGGCGGUAUAGCUGGCGCUUCCAGUGUGUUCGCCAAUACACCACUGGACGUCGUCAAAACUAGAAUGCAGGGUGUCGAUGCGCAUAAGUAUAAAGGCGUGUGGGACUGUGUUAAAGUAGUAUACAAACAGACAGGUUUAAUUGGAUUCUACAAGGGAACAGUUCCUCGCCUCGGAAGAGUUUGCGCAGAUGUUGCCAUAGUUUUUACUAUAAAAGAGCAAUGUGUUAGGUUUCUUAAUUUUAUUUGGUAGCUGGAGGUUUUUUCAACGCCAUAAAAGAACUUGUUCAUUUUUCGGCCAAUGAAAUUAUUCAUCGUUCAAUAUUCUAGAUAGUGUUUGUUGGUUGCGACUUUGCACCUCCUCUAUUCUGUAAUGGUUUCAUUUUAGUUUCUCUUUUUGUUAUUUUUGCAAUCAUGUUGAUAAAUUUUGAAUUUUGUCAUAGUUGCAAGACUCCCUCGAAUAUAAGGGGUUCACAAUGUAGUGUAGUCUAGAUUAAAAUGACAUUCACCCCCGUGUAACCUUGAUAUGAAAUGUGAAUGAAUGCUUUAUUCCAUUGACUGGUGCUAUUGAUACAUUACAGGUAACGCAAACCAUGGCUGUCAAAACGUGGCCGAGAUAAGUCUUGUUUGGUUUAUGUUUUGUCCUUAACACUAAACUUGGUCUAUUUGUGUAUCUUCAAGGCAAUUAAAUUGUACAUGUCAUCACUUGAGCAAUAUUUUCUCAAAUUGUAUUAUUUAUCAAAUACCUGUCAAAUAUAAUUUCUGCAUUUGAGUAGCUUUGAUUU